AUGCCUGCCAGCCGAACCCACCAGAAUGGCGCCGCCCAGUUCAACCAGAAGCUGAAGAACCUCUUCCGCAUCAACCUCAACAGCGGCGCCGACCGAGACCGGGAGAAGUCCUCCUCCGCCGCCCAACUCCACGCUUCCACAGAUGCACCUCCCGCGCGUCCAGACAUCCGGAGCAAGUUCGGCAGCAGCUUCUUCAAAGGCACCGUCGGCCGAUUGAGGACAAACACCACUGCCAGCGAAGGCAACCCCCUCGACGAGGCCCUCAGCCCGACCGCGCACGCGAACCCCUACUUUGUCCACCAGGGCCAGCCGGGCCUCCGCCACCACAACAACGAAUCUGUACCCCCAAGUCCUCCAGAUACCCCCAACUUCAAGAUCCAAGGUCCCGACGGCGGCCCUGAGCAGCAGACCACGAGCGCCGGCAGGGAGGAAUUGGCGCGGAAGCUUAGGAGGGUUGCCAGCGCCCCCAAUGCCCAGGGCUUGUUCUCCAAGGGGAAGGGCAGCGCCGAGCGCCCUGCCACCGCCGAGCUGAGCAAGGAUCCUCUGGUCCUCGACAAGAACUCGGGCACCCUGGAGAUGGUUGACCCAUCUAAGCUUAACGGCUCUGCCGGCUCUAGCCUUGGCGUCCCCGACAAGGACCUCCUCAUCAAGGACGAGAACCGAAGGUUAGGUGCCAAGGCUGGCGCCUCGGACAUCAAGGCGCAUCCUUUCUUUAAGACGACCCAGUGGGCUCUGAUUCGUCACAUGAAGCCGCCCAUCGUUCCCGUCACGGGACGCGGCAUCGAUACCGUCAACUUCCGCAACGUCAAAGAAAGCGAAAGUAUCGACCUCAGCGGCUCCCACCCGAUGCAGGCCAGCCUGAAGGGAGUUCCCCUGGAUAGCGGCCUGGCGACUCCCGGCGGCGAUGUCGCAGAUCCCUUUGAGGAGUUCAACAGCGUCACCCUGCACCACGACGGUGACGACGACCAUCACCACUCCCAGCAGAAUGGCCAACAUCAUUCGUGA